GACCGGGCACUAUUGGCGAAAGCACCAACCGGAAGUGGAGCCCUGCCUGGGCUGACGCUGUCUCCAUGGCGACAGAGGGAGCUUCAGAUCUGCCAGAACGGCUGCAACGCCCAGAAAUGGCAAAUGACAAAAGGCCAGUGAGUGCUCAUGUACCUUGCAGUCCAACUUUUGAGGCAUCACAAAGAAAUAAUGAAUUCUUAACUUCAUCAUCGUCUUCAUGUCAUAACAGUGUACAAACUAUGGUAGUGAAGCAGUAUGUGAAUAAAGUCAUCACAUCUUCUCACUUACAUCAUUUGCCGAGAAAAUUUAUUUCACCCUAUGCAAAAACAGCAAUUAAAAAUACUGACAGAAAGCAAAACUCUGGACAGCCUCUGUUUGGCCCUAACAUUCAUCUGCAAUCGGCAGUGGUAUCAAGAAGGUCAGGACUUCAAGAUUGUUCCACACAUCAAACAAAAUCAGUUCAGAGCAGUGAUAGAAUAUCAAACUUAGGCAGCUACAAAUCAGACAGUACAAACAAUUUCUGCCUUAUAUCGCCAUCCAAGAGAAACAGACCUCUCAGUGCUCCAGCAGGUCAGCUAAGAUGUACACAGUUCUCUUCCUCAAGAUUCCAGCUUGCCCAGAAAGAAUCUGAAGUGCCCCAAGUUAUUAAAUGCCAGCCAAGGGUAAUCAAAGUAACAGCUUACAAGAAUGGCACAAGAAGUAUCUUUGCUAAGAUUGCUGUACCAUCCAUUAAGCUGCUGCUGGAAGAGUGCACUGAAAAACUGAAUCUGAACAUGGCUGCACGACGAGUGUUCUUGGCAGACGGCACUGAAGCACUAGAACCUAAAGACAUACCCCAUGAUGCCGACAUUUAUAUUUCAACUGGAGAGCCUUUUUUAGAUCCAUUCAAAAAAAUUAGAGACCAUCUGUCAUUAAUGAAGAAAGUAACUUGGACGAUGAAUGGUCUGGUUCUCCCUACUGGUGCCAAGAGAAGGAAAACCAAGCCUACCCUUUCCAAUCGCAUGAAGAAGCUUAUUGAGAAGUCCUCACUCAGGAUUUUGGUGUUUAAGAAUUGCUCUGGGCAGGAUGGCUAUGAGAUUAUUGCAGCACAGGACCAAAUUGAAAAGUUUUUAGAUGCUUGCACAAUAAGAAUGAAUCUUACUUCACCAGCAAAGCAUCUGUACAACAUUCAUGGAGGAAAAAUUGAAGAUCUCAUCAGUGUUCCUCUGCUUGACAAAUGCCUGCAAAAUUCCAUCACACCUUUGCGUGGACCUGUCUGGGUCUCUAAGGGAGAAGGUUUCAGCCCCUCAGGAGCAAAGAUGUAUAUCCAUGGAGUUCUUUUGGCCUUAUACCAACGAUUAAAGUCUGCAAAAAACUAUUGCAAACAGAUGGAUUUUGCCAUUGAUGGUCAGAGAGGGGAAAUCACAGAAAAAGGCAUUCUUUCAAUGACAACAGAGGAAUUAUAUUUAGAGCAAGAAAAGGUGAACAAACUGAUUGAGGAAUUGCAAGUGGCUAUCAAGAGCUACAAAGGUCACCUCUCAAAACUUGCCCCACAAUUGCAGGCUGAGCAGGAGCAGUGUGCCUCUUAUGUCUACAAACACAUUAAAAGGCUUCCAGCAAACAUUGUUCUCCCACAAGGCUUGCAGCUAAAGGUAUAUGAAAAUGGCAAAGACACAGGGGAGAUCCUAGUUUAUAUCAACAAAAAAGAGAUGGAGAAUAACUGCAGGAAUCAACCCAGUGUUAUGAUGGAGAAGCUGCUGCAUAUGAUUUAUGAAAAACUACAAUAUUCAGCAGACUUCAAACCAACAGGCCUCAAUCUUAUUCCUGCCCGGCUUUUUGAUGAGAAAGGACAAGAAAUUAAAAACCCACUUAUACUGAAGAAUGAGCAAAAAAUUUGGGUUUCUUAUGGUAAAGAUUACAGCUCUCCCUUAAACCGUGUUCUAAGUUUGACCUUUGACAGAGUGACUGCAGCUAAAAAGGAUGGUAUCACAGUUAUUUAUAAAACUCUUCUGGAUCCUAACGUUGAUCUGCUGCCUGGAUGUGACAAUUGGGAAGCUUGUACAGAAUUUCCAGGCAACUUCCAGUGCACAAACCACCAGACACUUCAAAACUUGGAAAAGGUGGACAUGAAUAGCCAUUUUAUACAGUACAAGGCCGAUCCUCAGAUAGUUUUUCAUGUCUCUGUUGCCAUGGAUAAAAUGAGGAGUACUUCCCAGAAGAAUGGACUGUCAGGAUCUAAAGUCCCAUCAACACUGUGGCCUUUGGCUAACAUGUGGCUAAUCACAAAGGCUGGAAUGAUUCUGAGUCGAGCUAUGGUACAGAGCUGUCUAGCUAUUGGUCAUCCAAUUAGAGUUGAGACAGAUGAUGGCACAUCUCUGGAAGGAUAUAAGUUAACAGUACAGAAAAGAGACAAAAGCAGCAUCUAUCAACUCUGGGGGUUUGGAAAUGAUGGUUCUAUCUAUUUAAGCGAAUUCAGGGAGGGCUUUGUUAUGGUAAAGGAAACACCACUCUUCAAAUACAUUACUGGUGGAAUAGGAGUAUUUUCUCUGAGUAUAUUUGCUGUCAAGAAGUUCCUUUUCAGUGACUGCAGUCACAUCAAGUCUCUGAAUGACAGUGUUAAGGCUUAUCCUGAGUUUGUCCUGACCUACCUAGAGGAGCUAAAUGUAAGAGAGGAGGUGACCCAGAUGGAACACCACAUCCACCAUGGGGCCUGGUCUACAGCUCAUCAGGAGAUAGAGAGCAGCUCAGCGGAAGAGGUCACUGUACCAAGCCAGAGGCAGGUUCUGCAAAAAAAUGUCAACAACUCCAAUCAGAAACAACUUUCAGGACCUUUGGACGCCCAUUUAAUGCCUGCAGGUCCCCUAAGGGAGACUAUGCAGCUGACAGUCGCACUGGUGAGGAAACUAGAAGAGAAACAUCCUAAGGCCUCAGCUCAAAGAUGGGCUAUAAAGCAUGAAGGGACAACUAAACCAGGUCAGUGGAAACAUUCCAAAGUGGAGAAUCCGCUGUGGAAUAAGCUGACAUAUAUGUGGCCUAUCCUUCCAAAUGGAGAACUUAAUGAGGAUUUUGACUGGCCAAUUGAGGGAUUGCUGGUUCCAAACAGCCCUUCACUUAAGAAACCAGCUGGCAAAAAGUCAGAUUGGUACAUACCUAUGAGACUGAGAGCUUUGCACAAUGGAGACAGAGACAAAAGCAAGGCUAUCACCAUCAUUGGACCUGAUGUUACAAAUAUGCUAAACAGACAAAAUAUUCAUCCCGAAAAGAAACAGAAAACAAAGGAGAACCAGAAAAUGCAUCCUGAUGAAGACCCUGGAAUGGAGAUAUACAAGAUAGAAUUUCGGCACUUUUUGGACAAAUGUACUGCAAUGUUGAAUUUACCUGCUGCUGCUCGAAGAUUGUUCACUGAAAAAGGCGUGGAACUCUUUCUUUUGAAAGGUCUUGAGAGAGAUGAGCUGGUGUAUGUGUCAUGUGGAGAACCGUGGAUUGAUCCACACUUGACUAUGGCUCAGCACAAAAAACGUCUCCUACUCAAUAAUUUAAUGUCAGAUAUAUCUGCAAUUCAUGCCUACUGUAUCAUGCGUAACCCUGAAAUUCUAGUUUUAGGAGUAAGGAGCAAUAUUGCUGCUGGAGCCAAACUUUGUGUGGAUAGAUGUCUUGUGGCUUUUGAAGAAGAAAAACUAACUGAGGAGCUGCAGGAAAAUCAAACAGAAGAAAUGUUUCUGAAUAUGAAAGAUGAUUCAGAUCUUAAUUCACAUGCAAAAUCACAUCUUAAAACAGAUGCUUGGCAUAUGAAAUCCAAAUAUUCCUGGCAGGAAAGUUUCUGUGAUUUUCAUGAUGAUAACAGUUUUCCGAAGGACAAGGAUAAAGAAGUCUGUGAAAAUGCAGAGUUAUUUCAGAAGUACAGACCUCAACCAAAGCUGACUGCACAAUUGCAUAAGGCUCACCAUCAGCAGUUUGAGUUUAGAGACAAACAGAUUAUAAACUGUGCAUUCCCAGGGCUUGUUUUGGGGGUACAGGAUGCUAAUCUGCAUGCUGGGACUGAAGUUGUUUUGGUGGAAAAGAAACCUGAUGAUACCAAUCAGCGCUGGAUAUGGAGAGAUCAUGACAGGACAUUUCAUUUGAUGACUGAUCCAAAUCUAGUGCUAGCAGUGUCAAUGCCCAGCACACAGCCUAGAUAUUCAAAAUGUGCUCUGGACAUGAAAAGGUGUGCUGUUGUUCUGCAGAAAUAUAAAGAAUACAGCAAUGGGGCUGCCAAUCAAAAGUGGCAUUACAUGGAAAAUGCAGGAGUAUUUAGUGCCUUUUACAGCACAGUACUGGAUCAAGAAAUCACAGCAGCAAAUCAUGCUUCUGUUUGCACAUUCUCUGUAACCAAUAGAGAAAAAAUAGACCAGCCAGGCUACUGUUUUCUUUCACCCAGUGGAAAGCAGAAGUUCAUGAUAUGUUUGGCUUGUACAAGGGCCAUAAGAGGAAAGAAAGAACUGAAAAAAAUACCCACUGGUAGCAUGUUCUUCUGUGCCUCUGGCUCUGAGGAAGCAAAUCAUUUCUCCUUGGGGCCUUUUAAGUGUGUUAAUGUGAUGAAGACUGAUUUAUCCACAUUAGAAGCCGAAAAUACCUUGAAUUAUUUAGAAGAAGUUCUAGCAUCUUUGCGGACCGAAACCUCCAUACAAACAAUCUCAGAAAAGAUCUCUGCAGCUAUAAACCAGAAAGCAGUGAAAAUAAUUGCAUACAGAAAUGGAGCUGGCUACCAAAAUGGUCAGUUAAUCAUUGCUAGCACAUUCCCUAUGCUGCUUACCAUGUGUACAAGACAACUGGAACUUACCAGGAAAGCCUGCAGACUAUACACCAGUGAUGGAAUCCUAAUGCUUACCCUACCAGAUUUAGUCACAUGGGCUGUAAAUGAGUGUUUCAGACAAAGUGACUCAGAAGAAGACUAUAAAGAGAGAACUGCAAUCACUGACAGUGCUGAAGGUGGGGCUGCACUGCAUACGGAAGCUAAGUACAUGGAGAAAGCGAAGAUAAAGUCAGAAUUAUCCUUGAUGACUCCAGACAGUUUGAACAUGAUAGAUGAUUCUUUGCUCACCAUCAUCCUCAGAAAUCCUAUAGAGGUCUGGGUUUCCUGUGGAGAACCUUUUCUACCUUUGGAUGCUUUGCAAAAGGCAGCAAGGCAAGAGAAACAAAACUGGUUAAAGAAGGACAAAAUUUUGGCUGAUCUAGAUGCUAUGAAACACAAAAUGAGACAGCUGCAAGGGCGACGAAUAAGAGCCUUUAAACCAUCCACCUUGGUGCCCACAAAAAGCCCAGUUCAGCCUAUAGUAGUAGAAGGAGGCUGGACUGAAGAAACCCAAGAAGAGAUGAAACUCAUGGAAAAUAUACAACAUACCGAGACACACUUCUCAGAGGUUCAAGCAUCACAGUUCAAAAGAAGUUCUCCAUUUUCAUCUAAAUUGCUGUCAUCCAAACACAGAUGUCUGUAUGAUCAACCAUCUGCAAAAAGAGUGUGGGCUUACCAGAAUGGUUACAAACCAAAGCAAGGAGUUUAUGCCUGGGGAAAAACAAUUUCAGAGCUGCUGGAUAACUGCACCACCAGGCUAAAUAUGCAACAGCCUGCCAAGGCUCUGUAUACACCGGAUGGUGAGCCACUCCAGUCAUGGGAUGAAAUAGAGAGAGACAUGCUUCUGGUUGUUUCUGCUGGAAGUCCUUUUCUGAGCAGAAGAGCCAUCAAGCAGCAGGUGGAAAUUAGAGCUAUUUAUGCCAGAAUCCGAAAGCAGCAAGGUCCAGAUGCCACUAAUAUUGUUGUCUCUCCUUCAGAGAAACUUAAAGGACAGGCCAAAACUCCCAGUUCACUUCUGGCUCUUACUACCGGUGCUCAUUACCAGCUCAACAACUAGAAGGGAGGAAUUGCUUUGGCUGUCAGUAAACAAGUGAUUCCAGAAGAACAGUGAAAAAAUGUCAUCAGCAAAUUAUCUGUAUUUGUUUCAAGCUGACUGCAAUCUACUGGCAUACUGUUCUGCACAAUUAAUCUGGUGUGACAUAAAAUGCAUUUCAGAAAUGCUGGAUUCUGAUGGCUGACCUCCUGUAUACAAUGCACAGAUCUUGGGAAAUCUGUUACAGUGCUUGUGCAUACAUAUGCAGUAACUGCUUUUCAAAAGUGCAUGGCAACGUGUGCUCCAUAUCUAAGGAAAUAAUUAAGUAUUGUGGCCGUGGGCUAUGUAAAUUCCAUAGCUUUCAGAAUUAGUCCGCAUUGUUGAGGGACUGGAUAAUUAGAAUGAAUUUUCAGAACCUGUUCUUGCAAAGGCUGUCUGCAGUGAUUUUGUGUUUGAAGGGAAUAGUUGCAGGGAUCAAUUCUAAAAUACAUAUAUGUAAUUUGGAGAACAAUCCUCAGUAGGAAAAAUAGCUUUAGCAUAUGUCUAUAGGUGAAGUAAUUUACAUUGAAUUGAUUAAGAAUCAUAAUUAAACUUGUUUCUAAAGAUACUUGUUUUUGUAAUGUUCUAAAGUCCACUUUUUUAUCAGGAAUGAUCUAAAAAUAAAUCAUGUUCUGAGAUUCUGCACUGGUUCCUUGCAGAAAUGAACAGCGGCAGAAAAAAAAGUGGCAGGCAAAACAUUUCACACACCAUAAUCUUCACAGGUAUCCCAAGUUCUUUGAAAGUGCUACUCCAUGAGCUGUACAAUCAGAUUUGCUUGUUGUGCUUCUGAAGACAAGUUACCAUCAUUUUUAAUGCAUAAAGACUGUCACUAAUUUGGGAAGAAAAUCUUUAUUAGGUGGAAAAGAGCCUAAUGUUGAACAUACACACACAAAAAGCCUUCACCUGAAGAAGACAGAUAGUACACCAAAGAGAAAAUUAAUUAGUGAGCAAACCAGUAGAAAAUUGUUCUUACCAAAAGAAGCUUAAGAGCCUACUCCAACACUCACUGAAGUCAAUGGUAGCCUUUCCGUUGACUUCAGUCGGUAUUGUGUAAGAGCCUAAGUUAAUAUUCCUUGCUGUUGUAAAGUCAUUUAUUGUAGCUUUACACUGUCAACCUACUACUUUGGCCUUUGGUGGGGGUGGCAUGGGGUCCAGCUAUGAGAUAGGCAGAGACUAACACAGAUUUGUUGGUCAGAAUAAGAGUCACAAGAUAGCUGUAACUAAACAUAGGCAGACACUUACUGUAGAUAUCUAGAUCUUGUUCAGUGAUGAUCAUAGGUCAGGCUUGAUAAAUAUGGGUCAGUUUGUUGGGUAGUUCCGUCUGAUGCGAAUGUAAUUUCUACUACUUUUGUACUAUUUAACAGAUGACAUUGUUGCUAACAUUCACUGAGACAGCUUUAUGAGGCUCAAUGGUACUCUGUUUGCUCUUAUUUAAACACAUUAUUGUCUUUCUUAUAGUAAUUUAGCCAAAGAUUAAAGUUAAUCAGGGAUGUGUGGUAAAGAUUUAAGAGUAUUCUUGCUUAGACAGUUAGAAAAUAAAAUUCAGUAGUCUUACAAGAAAUUAUCCAUCAUCACACAUAAAAACCUUUCUAAUUACAAAUAUAAGGGUAGAUCUUCACCUGAUGUAACUUGUUAAAGCUCCAGUGAAGUCAACUAUACUA